GAACAGAUUGUUCUGAAUCUCUCUUCAUCUCUUUUUUAUUCUCCAAUCAUCUUCUUUCUUUGGAAUAUCAUUUAGCUAAGUGCCUCUGCUGCUAUAGCCAGGGUGAUCUCAUCUCUUGUGUGCACCAGGACUGAAGAGUGAGUAAGGACUUAGCUGGGAACUCCCUGCCAAAGAGAGGGAGAGAGAAGAGAGCUAUCAGGGGACACACUGGGAUUCAGUGUGGACCUGAGGGAGAGCCGAGGAGGUAAGAUGAGUCAAAACCACGGACACACACUGACAGCCCGUGGACCUGACUUGACCAGCAUCAGCAACCGGGCCCCCUGGGAAGAUGCUAGGAUGAAGUUGAAGCCCUCCACCCCCACCAGGAAACCGAAACCUCCAAAGCCGGAGAAUGCCAUCACCAUCGGCGUGUCGGCACGAGUCCUCUUCAACAUGGAGAAGGAGCAGCAGAUCUACGAGCAGCAGGGCCUUGAAGACUACAUCAAGUAUCAGGUGGAGCAUGAAACGCAGCCUUUCAGCCCCGGCCCUGCCUUCUCCUUUGUCAAGGCUCUGGAGGCUGUGAACACUCAACUGAGGGAGCUUUACCCUGACAGCGAGGAGCUGUUUGAUGUGGUGCUUAUGACCAACAACCAUGCAUACGUUGGCCUAAGACUUAUCAAUACCAUCAAUCAUCACCAGUUGUUCAUCGAGCGCUUCUGUAUGACGGGAGGGAACAGUCCCAUAGGCUACUUGAAGGCCUACCACACUAACCUGUACCUGUCUUCUGAUCCAGACAAGGUUCGAGAAGCUCUGGAAGAAGGUAUAGCAGCAGCUACCAUGUUCACCCAAGAGAAGAUAACGGAAGUGUCGGACACCCAGCUGCGAGUCGCCUUCGAUGGUGACGCCGUCCUCUUCUCUGAUGAGUCUGAGCGCAUUUACAAGGCCCAUGGACUGGACAAGUUCUUUGAGCAUGAGAAGGCACACGAGAACAAGCCUCUAGACCAUGGACCCCUGAAAGGUUUCCUGGAGGCUUUAGGAAAGCUGCAGAAGAAGUUUUAUGGCAAAGGUCAGCGCAUGGACUGCCCCAUCCGGACCUACUUGGUGACCGCUCGCAGCGCAGCCAGCUCUGGUACCAGGGCUCUGAAAACUCUGCGCUCGUGGGGUCUGGAGAUCGAUGAGGCUCUCUUUCUGGCAGGGGCACCCAAGGGCCCCAUGCUUGAGAAGAUCAGGCCGCACAUUUUCUUUGAUGACCAGAUGUUUCAUGUGGAGGGGGCAGCGGAAAUCGGGACAGUAGCAUGCCACGUGCCCUAUGGGAUAUCUCAGGCAAUGCCGAAGAAAGGAAUCAAUGACAAAGAGACUUCUUCAGCACCAAAGUAGCCUGAACAUCACUGGGUUACAACUGUAUAUUUACCUGUUAUGUUAUCCAUUGUUUCUUACGUUUUCAGUUAAUAAAAAGAGGUACAACUUUCUAACAAGAGCUCAACUAAACCCUUUAUCAUUUUAGAUUAUUCAGGGUGCAAAAUCGUAUGACUAUGUUGUAAAAAAGGGCUGCAGAGGAUCUCUAGACCAAAAUAAAUUAUAAAACCACAUCAAUUAUCCACUAAUGAUUUGUAAACAUUUAUUACAGUACUAUUACUAAAUAGAGUAGAUAUACACCAGUCAAGGGAUCAUUCACAACCUUGACACCUAUCUCUGCUUCUUAACCUGCCUCCCCGUAGUUUUUACUGCUUUUGGUUCCGCAUUCCUGCCAAACCCUGACAGAACAAACUCACCAAGAUGGACCCAGCAGUACUUUUUGAGGAUGACCUUUAUGAUUUAUCUCACAAACUUUUAUGCAUUCUUGUAUGUGGAGGAGAGCACCUUGUAAAGAGGCUCAGGAGGCCGCUCUUUCCCUUGCAUGCUGGGAAGUGGCUGAUAAGCCCUGGUUAUGGAGCUCACUGCCAGGCUUUUGAAGGAACUUUGUGAAUUCCCCCGAUAGACUGCACGCCUGCUUUAAACUCCUGUCACCCCUGUGCUCCGGAUGCUGUGUCUCCAGACGGGUCCCACAGGCCUCCUGCCCGUCCUACAGAGGGGUCCUGCCGUCCUCCAGAGGGGACCCGCCGCAUUCCAAGGCGACCUCCAGAGUGGUCCCUUUAAAAAACACAAAGAAUCGUAUCAAAAUAAAGUAUAUUAAAAAAUAAAAGCAGAACCAAAUAUCCCAAAAAAACACAGAUUCAAAGCAAGAUUUAUUUAGACACCAUAAAAUGAACUGUUGUGGAAAUAUUUUCCUAGGCCCAUAACUUUGACCUACCAGUUUGUACUGCCCUCGCGGAGCACAGGCCUGCGACCUUGGGCUGCUGUGCUCUCUGUGUCCCUAUUCCAGCCUGUUGGCAUCAGCUGAUAGAGGUGUUAUUGUUCUGUGCCUGAUUUAUCUUGUCAUGCAAAAUGUUAAUUAUUCUCUCAUAACCAGCUAAAUACAUGGGACUGGGGGGAGAGAUCUUCAGAAUUGGUUUGGACAAGAGCUGUAUCACCUCGUGGCUGCAGCAAAUGUCUUUGUCAAUCCUCCAGCCGUAACUUCAAAUAAAUAAGUUUGCCAUCAAGUUCCUGCUCUCCCAUAAUCUCAUUGUGUUUCGACUCCACACUCCAGAAACCUCAGAUUAUUUUUGAUAAAGAGGGAGUCUGUGCAGCCGAGAUGUGAUUUAUGCAGAAUCUCAAUUUAGAAGUAAACAGUUCUGUCAAUUAAUUGCUUGUCUUUGUGUUUAAGAGUUUUGAAACUUGUGCCUUUUUUGUCAAAGUGGCAUGUUGUUGAUAUCAGUCUGUUGUAAAUGUGUUUUUUGGAUCGAUGUGUAUGAAUGUAUUUUGAAAAUGGCAAAUUUGUGAAAUUAACUAUUUUACAUAAUAUUUAUUUAAAAUGUAUUCCUGUUCAAUACAUAAUACACUCAGUGUUUAUUGACAUGCAUCUUGUGCAAUUUUUGUUUCUGCUACUUGACCCCAAAGUGCAGAAGGUUCAAUGUCUCUCUUGUUGCCUGCCUGUCUGUCUCAUUCUGUCAUUCAGUAGUUGUUAUAUUUUCUAAAGUCCAUGGUCACUCUUUGUAUGAGUGUGAAGCAAGUUGGUAUUGACUAAACAAUCUUGUUAUGAUGUGGAAUCUUGGUAAAUCUGGGCCAAAUGUGGACUGUUUAAGUAAAAAUGUAAUGUAUGUAUUAAAAUGUUAGGAAAAUAUCACUAUUUUCUUUACUCCCCCACCCCUAAAAAGGGCUCAUUGGUUAUGCAGAGGUGAACGUUUCAGACUCUUAUUCAAGGAUUUUAAUAAAAAGCAAGAGCUAAAACAAAAA